AUGGGUUCCUACGACACUGUACCAUCUCUUCCAGCCACGUUCUACCGGGGAGGCACCUCCAAAGCAUUAAUGAUCCAGCGACACCAUCUCCCUGCAGAUGAAGAAGACUGGCAACCCUUACUUGCGGGAGCUUUGGGGUCGCCGGACCCCUAUGGACGCCAGCUCAACGGCAUGGGCGGAGGAGUCUCGUCUUUGAGCAAAGCCUGCAUAAUCGAGCCAUCCCUGCGGCCAGAUGCAGACGUCGACUACACAUUCAUCCAGAUGGGUAUCAAGGACGGCAAGAUGGAUCUCGCUGGCACCUGUGGCAACAUGACUGCGGCAGUUGGCCCCUUUGCCCUUGAUGAAGGACUCAUUGACCCUGCCGUUGAGAGCGAUGUGGAAGGCUCUGAGCGAACAGUCACCGUUCGAAUAUUCAACACCAACACCAACAAGAUAAUUCACUCCCGAUUUGCAGUUAACCACGGUGCUAAACUGAGAUUCAACCCUGAAGGGACCUAUUCCAUUGACGGUGUGCCCGGUACGGGCUCACGGAUCACGUUGUCCUUUGUGAGCCCGGGAGGUUCUAAGACGGCCAGGAGCUUACCUACGGGGAACCCUGUUGAUCUCUUGACUCUGCCGCACAACCAGGAAGACCGGGCUCCGCUCACUUUGCGAGUUUCACUGGUCGACGUGGCAAACCCAGCCGUCAUCCUUCAGGCUUCAGAUGCAGGGAUCGAUGCCAACAUAUCGCCCGAUCAACUGGAUGGAAAUAUUGGCAAGAUGGAUCUGUUGGAUGCAAUUCGCAGAGAAGGAGCACGCAUGAUGGGUUUAGAUCCAAAGGUGGACAGUAUCCCCAAAAUGGUUCUCGUUGCGACGCCUCAGCCGACAUCAAAGGACGUCGACCUCGUUGCGAGAGUCUUGUCUAUGGGACAGACACAUCGAGCCAUACCUUUAACCAUUGCUCUCAACUUGGGGGUGGCAUCGCUUAAGCAGCUCAUAAUGUCAACGUACGGCCCUGUUGGGGCAUUUCCCAUCAAGUCCAAGAUUGUUCUUGUAACUGGCGGCGGCAGCGGUAUCGGGUUUGCGUUUGCAAGUCUCUGUCAUCAGCGGGGCGCCAGAGUCAUCAUCGGUGACUUGAAGCUCACGUCAGUGGCUGAGAAGUACGUGGCAGCACAGGACAAAUCUGAAGUGGUUUUCGAACAUUGCGACGUAACAAACUGGACCUCUUUGCGGAAUCUGGUCACCACAAGCGUCACAGCGUUCGGUGAAGCUCCCGAUAUCUAUGCCCCGGUUGCCGGUGUCCUUGACCCCUCCUGGUCGAACUUCUGGGAUGACACGGAGGAUGACUGGUACAGGACCGUCCAGAUCAACUUAAAUCACCCGAUAAAACUCACCCGCCUUGCCUUUGAGGCGCUGUUGUCCACCAACAAAAAAGGGGUCGUGUGUCUCGUAUCGUCCACGGCAGGAAUUCGAGCCAACUACUUCAUCCCUCUGUAUGCGGCCACGAAGCAUGGUGUUCUCGGCUUCGCAAAGUCCAUGGCCCAGGCCGACCUCGACGAAGGAGUUCGGGUCGUCUGCGUCAUGCCUGGUACAGUGAAGAGCAAUCUGUGGGAGGAUCGUGACGACCACAUUGUGGAAGCAACUCGGUAUUCGGAACGAAAGUUGAUGAUGCCGGGCACUAUAGCAGAUAUGAUGCUGAGGAUGAUCGAAGGCAAGGAAUAUACUGGCGGCACAUGUGUGCUCAAGACCAUACUUGAAGAACGAGUCGUGGAGGAGGGCUGGGACAAACAAGGCUCGAAAUAUGACCCAAGCCCGAGACCGGAAACCGAUCUCAGCCAUCUGAAGAGUGUUCUUGCUGCGCAGCGCGGAAAACCAUGGAAGGCGUGA